UCGUCCCACGGCUGAAUGUAAUUGGGGACGUCUGCUAUAGGAUAUAUAAUCAUUAAUACCUGAGCACGCUCCUUUCAGAGACGCAGGAGAAACAAGCCAGCUCAGGGUGACCAUCUGUAACAUCUUACUUGUUACUACUACAACUGAACCAGCUACUACCACACCUGUACCCAGCAUCAUGCUCCUUGUCAGACUGACUGCGUUCACCUUGCUGGCUGCAGUUUGCUGUACACUACCAGCUGCAGCGACGAGAGUGGUCACCUGUGACAAUGGAGAAAACGUCCUGUUCCUGAUCUGUGAUUCUGGAGUGAUCUUCAUUGAGAGAGCUCUGUAUGGAAGGACUGACGGAACCACCUGCAAAGAAGGACGACCUGCCAACCAGCUGACCAACACACAGUGUUCACAGACGGGCACCCUGGAGGUCCUCUCACACAGGUGCAAUGGGAAACAGGUGUGUGAAGUGAACACUGAAGUCUUCCGUACUUCUGACCCCUGUGUUGGAAUCUACAAAUACCUGGAAACCACCUACACCUGCCUCCCAGCAACACGCAGCAUCACGUGUGAAGGCUCUGAUGUUCAACUAGAAUGUGAUGAAGGUAGUAUCCAGAUCCACAGUGCCAACUAUGGCCGCCGUGACCAGCUAGUGUGUUCCUUUAAUCGGCCCGCUAACCAACUAGCCAACACCAACUGCCUGAGCCAAUCCAUAACCACCAGUAAGGUAGCAAAGAGGUGUAAUGGGAAGAGCCAGUGUGACGUCCCGGCGUCCAACUCUCUGUAUGGAGAUCCCUGUGUAGGAACCUACAAGUACCUGGAUGUGGCUUACACCUGUGGCGUGACCAUCUGUAACAUCUUACUUGUUACUACUACAACUGAACCAGCUACUACCACACCUGUAUCCAGCAUCAUGCUCCUUGUCAGACUGACUGCGUUCACCUUGCUGGCUGCAGUUUGCUGUACACUACCAGCUGCAGCGACGAGAGUGGUCACCUGUGACAAUGGAGAAAACGUCCAGUUCCUGAUCUGUGAUUCUGGAGUGAUCUUCAUUGAGAGAGCUCUGUAUGGAAGGACUGACGGAACCACCUGCAAAGAAGGACGACCUACCAACCAGCUGACCAACACACAGUGUUCACAGACGGGCACCCUGGAGGUCCUCUCACACAGGUGCAAUGGGAAACAGGUGUGUGAAGUGAACACUGAAGUCUUCCGUACUUCUGACCCCUGUGUUGGAAUCUACAAAUACCUGGAAACCACCUACACCUGCCUCCCAGCAACACGCAGCAUCACGUGUGAAGGCUCUGAUGCUCUAUUAGAAUGUGAUGAAGGAACGAUCCAGAUCUACAGUGCCAACUAUGGCCGCCGUGACCAGCUAGUGUGUUCCUUUAAACGGCCCGCUAACCAACUAGCCAACACCAACUGCCUCAGCCAAUCCAUAACCACCAGUAAGGUGGCAGAGAGGUGUAAUGGGAAGAGCCAGUGUGACGUCCCGGCGUCCAGUUCUCUGUAUGGAGAUCCCUGUGUAGGAACCUACAAGUACCUGGAUGUGGCUUACACCUGUGGCUAAAUGAGAUCUUCUCUGAGGAACAUAGACCAGAGAGACCACUUGGAUAUCUUCCUCUUCAUUGGGUGGAUUUGUAUUUCUUUCCUCUCUUCUCUCCUCUGAAGUCUCAAUUGAGUGUAAAAUCUAUGUAAAUUCAAAAUGUGUAAAUCCCAUUGAUUGUGUAUUUCAUCAGGCAUAAUUUGUGUGUGAUACAACCAUAAUGAGGCCCCUCUUGUGCUGCAACAAUGCACUGUCAGGAGGAAGCAUGGAGAAAUUAAACAUUAACCCCCAAAAUAAACUAUUCUUCAAAUAACA